UAUAUACGGUGCUUUGAAAAGGCUUGCAAGAAAAAAUUUAUAUUUAUCGAAGCCUUUUCAGUGCCUGUUUAUUUGCGUACUAUUUAAGUACUUUAUUUUUCUCAUUGAAUUUCUGGUUGAACCUUAUUUGAUGGACCAAAAUGGGGUGGGACAAAUUGGGGGUUUUGCUAAGUGGGACGAAUCGGGCUGGGACGAAUUCUGGGAGCCCCUUCAGACUUUAUUAUUUCCUCAAAGAAAUUUAAAUUCAAAAAAUUUUUCGAAGAUGACAGUUGGUACCAAAAAAUGACAUUUGAUCCCAAAAAUGACAUUUGAUCCUAAAAAUGACAUUUGAUCCCAAAAAUGACAGUUGAUCCCAAAAAUGACAUUUGAUCCCAAAAAUGACAUUUGAUCCCAAACAUGACAUUUGAUCCCAAAAAUGACAUUUGAUCCCAAAAAUGCAAUUUGAUCCCAAAAAUGACAUUUGAUCCCAAAAAUGACAUUUGGUCCCAAAAAUGUUUCUUUUAUUGUAUUAUUGUGUUUUGUUUAAAUUUUUAAUUUUUGAUUUUUUAUUCUCUCAUAUUUCUAAAUGUUUUUUAACCUCUUUUUCCACGUGUAUCUCCACGAUUUUGAGAUUUAUUGCUUUUUGGCUUUUAUUCUUUUGCUAAACAAAUAGAAAAUAUUUUUUUAAUUAUUGGGGAAUCAAUUUAAAAAUUUUAAAAAAAUUUCUAAUUUCAGCGGCCAUGAAUUGCUUCAAUCAAAAAUUAAAUUCGUCAUGCCGCCAAUUAAAAUAUAACAUCAUAAUUAUUGUAUUAUUAGCUCUUCUUCAGCAUCUAUCUGCUACACAUUUCGACACUUCUCAAUGCGGAGCUUCCAAGCGUUGUGUAAUUGGAGGGUGUCCUCAACAAAAUAACCAACAACUAAAUAAUUGCCAUUACUUCUUUUCGGUAAAGCCUGACAUGGAAAAUGCUGACGAGUCAGUGGAAAUUGAGCUUUUUACCAAGAAAAGUUCCCCAGAAACCAAGUAUAUUGCUGUUGGUUUUUCUGAGGACGUCUCAAUGGGCGACGAUUAUGUCACUUAUUGUGUCGUCAACCCUGCUGGGCAGGUAGAGGUUCAUUUGGGAAAAAACCCGGCAGGCCAAAAAUCUAAUCAGGCUGCUGGGGAGGCCAAUGAUGCUGGCGUUCUGGAAAUGCUUGAAAGUAAAGCUACAGAAGAUGGAAUUUUUUGUAGGUUUCGUCAGCACUACAUUGCUUCUAAUAAAUACAGUCCAAACCUUAAACAUCCUUAUCAUUUAUUGUUAGCUAAAGGGCCUGCAGAGAAUCCUCAAAAAUUGGACAUGCACGAUCUCGAUCCAUCAAAUCCCACAGAUUUUCCGUUUGCUUCAGCAGAACCUGUUUUACUGUUAAAUCCUCAGGAUGCUGCAAAAUUUAGAGAUUCGGGUUCCACAAAUACUAGUGGAAGCCCUCAAGCUACUGGAGCUGCUAAGGGUGGAAAUGGGUUGACUUUUGUUGAUUUGCAUGGUAUUCUAAUGCUUAUUUCCUGGCUUGGCAUGACUACAGUAGCAAUUUACUCUGCUCGUUAUAUGCGCGAUUCAUGGCCUCAUACAACCGUUAUGGGACUUAAAAUUUGGUUUCAUAUUCACCGCACUUUAAAUUUCCUUGCCGUCAUUUUAAUGGUUGCUUCCAUUGUUUUUAUUGUUUGGAAUAAAGGAAGUUGGACUGGUCCUUGGUUUGGAAUGGCUAAAAUUGGGGCUCCCGAAUGGCACUCACUUGCGGGUGCUUUUGCUGUUUUGUUGGCUUUUUCUCAGCCUUUUGGAGCUCUUAUUAGAUGUGGAAUUGAUGAUCCUAAAAGGCCUAUUUUUAAUUGGAUACACAGAAGUAUUGGACUCAUUGCCUUCGUGCUUGCCCAAGUUGCCAUAUACCUCGCCAUUUCAACUUUCAAAAGCCAUUUCGCCCUAGCCGAUUUUGCCUUUUGCUUCUUAAUAAUUUUUUACGUUGCCCUCGUUAUCUUCAUAGUGGUUAGCGAAGUGUUGCGUUUCGUUGAACUGCGCGAAAGGGAGAAAAUUUCUGCCAUUGAAAUGCAGACAAGGACUAGAGGGUCAACACCUUCGGAUGCUUAUUACUACCAUACUCGAAAAAAUUUUUCUUCAAAGCUCGUUUCUGCCCGGAGAACCUUAUUUUUUGUAGCAGCGUGUACAUUUGCUGGGUCGGCAUUUAUUCUGGUACUUCUCGUUCUUGUCCAUUAAAAUAUAAAAAACAAUUAUAAAUUUAUGUCUCUAUUUAACAUUUGUAUAAAAAUAUUUUAAAAAUAAUAGUACACUCACUAGGUCUGGUAAGGUUUGGGGGUGUUUUAGGAAGGGUGUGGGGUGUUUUGACGCGGGACCGUUUUGGCGCGAGACUAAAAACUGAAGCUUUGGAGAAACCUAAAUUCAUGAAAUUUUUUUCAAAUUUCCUUAACAUCCUUGACUACCUCCUC